CAAUAACACUUUGUGGUGAAAAAACAAAAGAUAUCCGAAUAGAGUUACUCCAGCAUCAUACAAGAUGAAUUUUAUGGAUCCCAAAUUAUUUGACCAAUACAAGCAAUUAGAAAAGGAAGAAGCCCUCUUGAAGGAAAAUCCACACCGUUUUGUCUUAUUCCCUCUCGAAUAUCCAAAGAUUUGGGAAAUGUAUAAGAAGGCCAUGGCAUCCUUCUGGACUGCUGAAGAAGUUGAUCUUCACACUGAUAUUACACAAUGGACCACCUUGACACCAAACGAACAACACUUUAUCAAGAGUGUUUUAGCUUUCUUUGCUGCGUCCGACGGUAUUGUCAAUGAAAAUUUGUGCCAACAAUUUAUGGCUGAGGUACAAAUACCAGAAGCGAGAUGUUUCUACGGUUUCCAAAUUGCUAUUGAAAAUAUCCAUGCUGAAAUGUAUAGUACACUCAUUGAAACUUUGAUAAAGGAUCAAAGAGAAAGACAUCGUUUGUUCAAUGCCAUUGAUACUGUUCCAUCUGUACAAAAGAAGGCACGUUGGGCUAUGAAAUGGAUCAAUAAUGAGAAUUUAUUUGCCGAACGUUUAUUGGCCUUUGCUUGUGUUGAAGGUAUUUUCUUCUCUGGUUCUUUCUGUUCCAUUUUUUGGUUGAAGAAACGUGGUCUCAUGCCUGGUUUGGCAUUCUCCAAUGAAUUAAUCUCCCGUGAUGAAGGAUUACACACUGAUUUUGCCUGUUUAUUAUAUUCCACAUUGAAGUUUACCAAAUUGCCGCAACAAGUUGUUCACUCACUAGUUUCUGAAGCUGUUGAAAUUGAAAAGGAAUUCAUUUGUGAAAGUUUGCCAGUAGAUUUGAUUGGUAUGAACUCUCGUUUAAUGCAACAAUACAUUGAAAUGGUUGCUGAUAGACUUUUGGUAUCCCUUGGUUAUGAUAAGAUUUACAAUUCUCCAAAUCCAUUCGAUUGGAUGAACAUUAUUUCUGUUAGUGGUAAGACAAACUUCUUUGAAAAGAAAGUUGGUGAAUAUGCCAAGGCAAAUAUCAUGUCCUCAAAGAAGGAUAAGGUUUUCAGAUUGGAUGAUGACUUUUAAACAAUUCCAAUUUUUUUUCAACACCUAGGUUUGUUCAGAAGUGUCAUCAUUCACUAGUACUGUUUGUAGAUUACUGAAGAAUAAUUUGUAAAUAUUUCAUUUUGUAAUAAAUUACUAGAAUUAAUUAUUU